AUGUUGGACUCCACGGCGCUCCAGACCCAGCUGGGUGGUGGGGACAGCAGUGACGGGGGGCUCGAGGCUGCCCAGGCUCCUGACCUCCCUGUGCCCCUGGAGGCUGCCGACCAGGAGGGGAGCCCCAGACUUGGGGAUGGCAGCUCCGAUGCCUCCUUUAUCACCGCGGUGGAGGCCUCUGGAGCAGAGCACUCAAGCACUGACAGUCCCCCCAGGGCCAAGUCAUUGCCCCAGACUGUGCAGAGACUCCUGCCUGAAGUCCAUUCCCCAGACAGGGUGCCAGGGGCUCAGGGCGCCUCCCCAAGGGCAUAUCCAGCCCUGAUGGGAGCCCAGCAAGCAGAACUCAACGCCUGCUUCCAGGCCCUGACUCUGGCCUCUACAGACAGCAACUCUUCCUCCACUACCUCUUCUACCCUCAACCCAACCCAGAACCCCCCACGGGACCCACUGUGGGGAGCCCCAGACCUCCACUUCCUGACUGAUGACCAGACCUCUCUGGAUAGCGAUGUGGCUGCCCUCUGGUUGACAGAGGAUGAGGAGCGGUCCACAGUUAGCAGGAACCCUGUCCCCACUUGCUGGUGCACGCCAGCCCCUGCAGUGUCCGACCUGAAGCUGCUGCGGAGACCCCGAGCCCGUGGAGGGCCCGUCACACCCUCCACCCAUCCGCACUCCCUCCAUGGACCCGAAGACGGCAAGGCUAGACCUGGCCCAGACUUUGCAGGGCACAGCCUGGAGCUGGCCAAGGCCCUGCGGACAGGCCGGAUUCCAGAUGCCCAGGCCGACGAGGACUUGCUGGCCCAGCAGUUUGCAAGGCCUGACCCCACCAGGAGGUGGCGAGAGGGGGUGGUCAAGUCCAGCUUCACCUACCUGCUGCUGGACCCCAGGGAAACUCAGGACCUGCCAGGCCGAGCCUUCGUGCUGACCCCGAUUGAGCGACUCCACACAUUCGUCCGCGCCAUCUUCUAUGUGGGCAAGGGGACACGGGCCCGCCCGGAUGCCCACCUCUGGGAGGCCCUUGGCCAUCGGAGGCGGCCAGGAAAACAGGCUUGCCCCAAGGUACAUCGGAUCCUGGACAUCUGGGCCAGUGGCCGUGGUGUUGUCUCCCUGCAUUGCUUCCAGCACGUGGUCGCCGUGGAGGCCUAUACUCGGGAGGCGUGUCUCGUGGAUGCUCUAGGGAUCCGGAUGCUGACCAACCAGAAACAGGGUCACUGCUAUGGAGUGGUGGCCGAGUGGCCCCCCACCCGGCGGCGCCGCCUGGGGGUGCACCUCCUGCACCGAGCCCUCCUGGUCUUCCUGGCUGAGGGAGAGCGGGAACUGCGGCCCCAGGACAUCCAGGCCCGAGGCUGAGCACUGCGAGAGGGGCAGGGUGUUUGACCGGCCUGGCCGUCACGUGCAGCUAGC